AUGCCUUCGUCGAACCAGCCCACAAACAUGACAACGACGAAUGCGACACAGCUGAAUGAGGGAAGCAGUACCAUCACAAACCAAAGGAACAACAAGGAAACAACGACAGUCCAACAUCAUCAUUCUUCUGGUAACACCAUGAUGGAGGUAGAUACAAGAGGUAAUACGGGAGGAUUGGGAAGUAGAAAGUUUUCAUCCACGGAAUCUUCAAAGCAGGAGGAAAGAGCAGUAGCAUCGGGUAGAGAGCCAGAGGCUCAUCAUCACCAACACAGGAAGACACAAGAAAGUGGAGAGGUAACCACGAAUGUUGAUAGAAGGAGUUCAACCUCUGCUCAUCCACAGCAUCAGCAACAACAACAAUCGUCUUUACGUGAUCAGCACCAAGGAGGAGUUGCACACGACCAUCAUCAGAACUCUCGCCGACACAGCAACCCUAACGGAAGGUAUUACAAGAGCCAAAAUCCUUCCUCAUCAUCAUCCUCGGCAAGCUACAAGCCUCAACAACCACAACAUCAUUCGAGCGUUAGCAGCAACAGCACUACGAAUAACCCUUUAACAUCAUCAUCAACAGUGUCGGCAUCCUCCUCCUCUCAUCAUCACCCUCCAGUUGCAUCUGCUACUUUGUCUGGCAGCACUACCAACGGACCAAAGCAACCUGUGGAGAGUUCAACUGCUUCAUCACGAAGUACUUCCAACAAUAUUAAUAAUACCAAUAAUAAUAAUAAUAUAAAGAUCAACACUAAUCAACAACAUGUUGUUGCUUCUACGUCUGCAACUCCGGCUUCAUCAUCAUCACGUGUGCAAAACAUUAAUACCACCAAACCUAACGGUGGUCAUAUUAAACCUCCAAACUCUAUUACAACAACACCAACAACCACUCCAUCGACACCAACAACUCCAAAUAUGUCUAUCCCAAGACCUCCAAAAUCAUCUCCUCGCUUUGGAAAUCCUCUAUCCGAUCGAUUUCAUCAUAUUGAAAAAGACAUUAGCAAAACAUUCCAAAAGCAAGAAAAGUUGGGUGAAGGAACAUAUGGUGAGGUUCAUAAAGGCAUUGAUAAACGUGACAAUAGCGUGGUGGCUAUUAAGAAGAUUAGAAUUGAUCCUCAAAGAGAAAAAGAGGGCUUUCCAAUCACUUCCAUUCGGGAAAUACGUGCUCUCAAGGAUUUGGAUCACGUCAACAUUGUUAAACUGUACGAUGUUACUUGGAAUCAGAAGGGAACAUUCUACUUGGUGUUUGAAUUCGUCGAACAUGAUCUUGCUGGACUGAAUGGAAAGGGUCACAGAUUUGACGAAGACGAAUUGCGAUGCAUCAUGUAUCAGCUUUUAUCUGCCCUCGAUUAUUGCCAUGCUCGGGAUGUCAUGCAUCGAGACUUGAAAGCAUCCAAUGUGCUCAUCAAGAAGGAUGGAACUUUAAAGCUUGCCGAUUUUGGGCUUUCGAGAGUUUUUCACAGAAACAAGCAACAAGAAUAUACCAAUCGAGUGGUCACUCGUUGGUAUAGGCCUCCUGAAUUACUGUUAGGAGCGACCGCCUAUGAUGCUUCUAUUGACAUGUGGUCAAACCAAAAAAGAGGGAGAAUUCUGGAUCGAUUUGCAAAUUUGAAAUGCUCACCAAAAGUAUUGGAUUUGUUGGACAAGUUAUUGACUCUCAAUCCUGCAAAAAGAAUUUCAGCAAGUGACAGCUUGAAUCAUGAUUGGUUUUGGGAACGAGGAAAGAAUCCCAAGAAUUGCAAACCAAAAGGUUUACCCUCUCGCUCAUACAAUGAACUUUCAACAAGAAAGAAGGAUGAUCAUCGACCAGAUGCUCCCUCACAUCAUUUAAUUCCUUCCACUGUGCAUCCACUUUCUGGUGUUCCUGCAUCGCAUCAUCAUCACCACCAUCACUCCCAUGGAGCAUCUACUAAGGUGGCAUCGGCAGCAGUGGCAUCUUCCUCUUCAUCCUCAUCAUCGGCUGGACAUCAUUAUCAACCACCACCUCCACCUCCUCCUCCACCACCUCCAUUCUCCUCAUCAUCUUCUUCGUCACACCAUUACCAUUCGAGUGGUAGUAGACAUUCUUACCAUCCUUCUUCGUCACAGCAACAACAACCACAUUAUCACCAUCAUCGUUCGCAUUAUUCUUCGUCACAUAAUGAUGGACGAUCAGGCAGUAGCAGCGGUGGUGGUGGAUAUCAUCAUGGUGGUAGCAGUAGUAGUAGUGGACAACAGCACUACCAUCCACAGCAAGGUGAUGGCCAUCAUUCCUCUCACUCGGGACGUUAUUCUGAGAGUGGUAAUAACCCCAGAUCAAUAACGACACACCACGAUGCUCCUUCAAGAAGUAGUUGUCUGGUUCCACCCUCCAAGAAAGUCAAGUAUUAA